AUGGAGAAGACAUCAGAUACAAUAAUUAAGGAACUAUUCAACUCUUUGGAGCAGAAAGUGCCUUAUGUUCCUGAAUCAGAUGUUAUGUCUACUAAGUCGAUGGUAGAUUCCAAUAAGAAACACAAGCGACAUGAUAAAUCAAAAAAACAUAAAAAACACAAGAAAAAAUCGAAGAAAUCCAAAAAGAAAAAACGUCAUACAAGGUCCAAUUCACUAGAUGAUUACAUAGUGUUGAAACUCAAGAAGGAUAAGCUAGAAGAAGCCAAAUCUGGUAUGCCAGUAUCCUUAGAUGUGAUCAUGGAAACAAUUGUGACUACGGCUAAUGAAAAAAGUGAGGAGGUCAAAGACGUUAAACACGAUGAAAAUGAGAACUGUCAUCUAGAUACGACUUUAAUAGAUGAAAAUAAAGUAAACACACUAGAAAAUGAUUCAAAUCAAACAAAACUUAAUACCACAGGACUAAAUAAUGGAAAAAUCAUCAUUAAAGAUUUAAAAGAGAGUCGUUUAUAUCAUGAAUUAGUUAAUGAAGUCCAAGAAAAAGAACGACUAAAAACAGAAAAAUGUAAAAGUAGUGAUCAAAGUAAUUCAUCACAUUUAGAAAUAAAAAAAAAAAAAGAAAAGCAUAAAUCAAAAAAAAAAAAAAGAUCACGGAGUAGAAAUAGAUCACGUACUCCAAAACGACUUAAGAAGUAUAGUCGGUCUCGUUCAAAUAGUAGCAAAGAUAGGUAUUCAAGACAUAAAGAUUUCAAAAGUCGUCAAACUAAUUCAAAGAACCAAAGUGACUCAAACACUAAGUGUAAAUACAAUGAUAGUGAUAUUAAAUUAAAAGAAAAAAGCAACCAUCAUAAAAGAUCUAUAACACCAGAUAAAAACCUAAAAUUAAUUAGACGUUCAAGAUCGAGGGAUAGUAAAAAGCCAAAGAGAUCAGAAGAUUAUAGCAGAACAAGAAAAAAUUCAAGAUCAAGAGAAACGUCUAGGUCUAGACAUAGAUCUCCUUCAUGUGAAAAAAUUGAUAAAAAAAAACUAUUUAAAAUUGCUCGUAAAAAUGCCUUGUCUCUAGUGCAACAAGGUGUAUUACCGGUGGGAAGUGUAAAAAAAGAUAAUUUAGCCAAUGUUCCCACUAAAACUGUAGAUGAACUAACAGAUUUUUGUCGUAAACUUUCAAAAAAGGAUAAGGAUCAUGAUGACGAUUCUUCUUAUUCUUCCGAUGAUGACGAGUUCAAACAACCUUUCCACCAUCCAUUUUUGGUCAAGGAAAGACCUAAUAUAGUCAUGAAUAUUAGAAACGCAACUCAACUACCUAUUAAAUCCUUUCAAGAAAAAACUAUUGGACAAGAUAUAUUGAGACAACAGUUUCCUGUAUCCAGUGGCCAAACUCAUAGUUUAGCUCUUACCGAAUGGGUGCCCAUAGGUCCUGAGGAAUCUGCAAAAUUAAAUAAAAUACUUAAACCUGAUGAAGGAAACAAACUUCCUAAUAAAUCACAUCAUAGCCAUCAGGCUCCAAAAGUUGCUGCUGUGGAACCUGUUAUUCAGCCUGUUUCAAGUCCAAACAAUGCUAUAGUAACUAUGGAUUAUCAGUAUGUGUCACCUCCUGUUGAAACUCCAGCAUUCACACCUUAUACACAUAGCAGUUAUUCAUUGUUGUCUUUUGAAACUGGACAGUUCACUGGUCAUACUGGUGCUAAAGUACUAACCCCUGCAGAACUAUCUGCUGGAUUUCAAACCUGGGUAAAAAAGGACCAGUUAAAAAAUACUGCUCCUGUAAACAGUGGCAUUGGGAUUCAUUUGUUACAAAAAAUGGGGUGGAAACCAGGGGAAGGCCUUGGAAAGAAUCAAUCAGGAUCUUUAGAACCACUUUUACUGGAUGUCAAAAUGGAUAAAAGAGGACUGGUGGCUGAAGAAGAACUCCAAGGAAGUCGAAUCAAGAGAUUUUCAAAAAAAACAACACUACCAGUGUUGUCAUUGGAAGGAAAACAUCCAGUUUCAUUAUUGAAUGAAUUUUGUGCAAAACGUAAAUGGGACAUACCUAAGUUUAAUACCUUAGACGAAUCUGGUCCUAGUCAUAGAAAAACAUUUAUUAUGACUGUAGUUGUCAAUGGAGUACAAUACUGUUCAUCAAGGUGUCAAACAAAAAAAUUGGCAAAAAUGGAAGCUGCUAAAGAGUGUUUAAAAGAAAUUGGAUUACUAAAUACAACAAAUAAAUGA